AUGCUGAUGGGUUUCUGCAGACUGGAAGAGGCGGGGCUUGUGUCAUGCAGCAUCAGGGAGAGGAAUUGCUUAUAUAACUGGGACAGCAGAUUUAGCAGAGAGAGGAGGCAGAGGCUGGGGAUGGGAGCAGUAAGCUGUCGGCAGGGGCAGCACACCCAGCAGGGGGAACACACCCGGGUGGCUGUCCCUCACAAGCAGGGUGGCAACAUCCGGGGCCCCUGGGCCCGAGGCUGGAAGAGCCUCUGGUCAGGUGUGGGAACCAUCAGGUCAGAUCUGGAAGAACUCUGGGAACUACGGGGACAUCACUCUCUGCACCGGGAGUCCCUAAAGCCAGCCCCACUACUGGUAGAGAAGCCUCUGCCAGAGUGGCCAGUGCCUCAGUUCAUCAACCUCUUUCUACCAGAGUUUCCCAUUAGGCCCAUUAGGGGACAGCCACAGCUGAAGAUUUUAGGCCUUGUGGCUAAAGGCUCCUUUGGAACUGUCCUCAAGGUGCUAGAUUGCACCCAGAAAGCUGUAUUUGCAGUGAAGGUGGUGCCCAAGGUAAAGGUCCUACAGAGGGACACCGUGAGGCAGUGCAAAGAGGAGGUUAGCAUCCAGCGACAGAUCAACCAUCCCUUUGUACACAGCUUGGGGGACAGCUGGCAGGGAAAACGGCACCUUUUCAUUAUGUGUAGCUACUGCAGCACAGAUCUGUACUCCCUUUGGUCGGCUGUUGGCUGCUUUCCUGAGGCUUCCAUCCGUCUCUUUGCUGCCGAAUUGGUCCUGGUACUGUGUUAUCUCCAUGACUUGGGCAUCAUGCAUCGAGACGUGAAGAUGGAGAAUAUUCUUCUAGAUGAACGAGGCCAUCUGAAACUGACAGACUUUGGUCUGUCCCGCCACGUGCCCCAGGGAGCUCGAGCCUACACUAUCUGUGGCACUCUUCAGUACAUGGCCCCAGAGGUCCUAAGUGGAGGACCUUACAACCAUGCUGCUGAUUGGUGGUCCCUGGGUGUCUUGCUUUUCUCUCUGGCGACUGGAAAGUUUCCAGUGGCUGCAGAGAGAGAUCAUGUGGCCAUGUUGGCAAGUGUGACCCACAGUGACUCUGAGAUCCCAGCUUCUCUUAACCAGGGCCUCUCACUCCUGCUCCAUGAGCUCUUAUGCCAGAACCCCCUCCAUCGUCUACGUUAUCUGCAUCACUUCCAGGUCCACCCUUUCUUUCGGGGUGUGGCCUUCGACCCAGAGCUCCUACAGAAGCAGCCAGUGAACUUUGUCAUGGAGACACAAGCUACCCAGCCCAGUUCAGCGGAGACCAUGCCCUUCGACGACUUUGACUGUGAUCUGGAGUCCUUCUUGCUCUACCCUAUCCCUGUUUGAGCCUCUCUACUGUAAAUUGGGACCCAGCUGGGAGCCUGAAGAUCUCCAUCCCUGCCCACUCAGUAUGACCACCUUGAUAAUCUAGUUUGUUUUUAUUUUGUAGCCUCUUAACGUUCUGUUCUAGGCUUUAGACCAGAGUUCCAACCUUGGACAUUCUGCUACUGGCAGCCACAGCUGCUAUACCUUCCCUAUCAUACAACCUACCUCUCAAUUCAACAUGUCAGAUCAGGGUGGUGACCUUUUCCUUUUCUUUACUUCUCCAGUGCUCUUACCCUCAGGCUGUCAGCCAGAGCUGCCUCUGCUUGUUUCUCUGCCAUGUUUCCUUUCCUGAGCAAUAAUAAUACUUCAUGGGUUCCCAGGCUGCUAUUGAUGUGUUUAAUAGGCUUCUCAGAAGCAAUAUGAAUUUUUUUUUUUUUUGAAACAGAGUCUUACUCUGUUGCCCAGGCUGGAGUGCAGUGGCGUGAUCUCAGCUCACUGCAACCUCCUCCUCCUGGGUUCAAGUGAUUUUCAUGCCUCAGCCUCCCGAGUAGCUGAGAUUACAGAUGCACACUAUUAUGCCCAGCUAAUUUUUGUAUUUUUCAGUAGAGACAGGGUUUCACCAUGUUGGCCAGGCUGGUCUCAAACUCCUGACCUCAAGUAAUCGGCCUGCCUCGGCCUCCCAAAGUGCUGGAAUUACAGGUGUGAGCCACUGCACCAGGCCCUUUUUUUUGUUUUUGAGAUAGGGUCUCACUCUUGUCACCCAGGUUGGAGUGCAGUGGCAUGAUCUCAGCUCACUGCAACCUUUACAGGUGUGAGCCUCCACACCCAGCCUGUGAAUUUUUCAAAAGUCUCAAAAGCUGGCAUUUCAAUCCCUAAAUAAUGCAGCUUAAAAAUAUAGUCUGGGAGCUUGAGGCCAGUCUGCAAUAAAUCUAAUUUUUAAAAAUUGAAAAGUGAAUAAAAUAAUCUAGUGAGGAAGAAAAUAGAAACUGAAACAUGGGUGGGUUAAAUGUCUUCUCUAGGUCUAUAAUUGGAACAGUUAUCCAAAAUAAAACCUCUUUGAAAAGCAUAGGAUUUUUAAGCUGAUAAUCUCUCCUAGUCAGCCCAUGAUUCAGUUUCUGAUGGGCAAACCAAGAGAUUAAGAGGCAUGCAUCAACCUUAAGAUUUAAGGUUAUUUGGGAGGCCAAGGUGGGCAGAUCAGUUGAGGUCAAGAGUUCGAGACCAGCGUGACCAACAUGGUGAAACCUUGUCUCUACUAAAAAAUACAAAAAUUAGCUGGGCAUGGUGUUGCGCACCUGUAGUCCCAGCUACUCGGAAGGCUGAAGCAGGAGAACUGCUUGAACCCUGGAGGCCAAGGUUGCAGUGAGCCGAGAUUGUGCCAUUGCACUCCUGGGUGACAGAGGUAGACUCUGUCUCAAAAAAAAAAAAAAAAAAAAAGAGACUGAAGGUUAGAGACAUAUCUCAAUAACCUUUUCCUUUAGUAAGGAAAAUCAUCUGGACCUUAAAUUUGUAUACAGUUUUGGCCUUUAUGACUUCUUUUCACUUUUCUUAAACUAACUUCUCACAAUUUUCAUUUUUGUCCUGAGACUUGAAGGGAAAGUUUUUAAUCUAGAUCAUAUUAUUCAGUUACAUCUAAUCUCUCUAGACAAAAGACAGUCUGGAGAGUACUCUGUAGUUCUAUUUAUUAAUUCUGUCUCUAGAUUAAGCCAGAUUUCCCCAUGCAUAGCUGGCAUUUUAUUGGCCUCUGCAGAAUUGCUUUUUCUGAAUUGGAUUUUGGUAAUCCAUAUGAAAAUCUCUAUGAAAUUUAAUUGCUCGCCGGGUGUGGUGGCUCACACUUGUAAUCCCAGCACUUCAGGAGGCUGAGGUGGGCGGAUCACCUGAGGUCAGGAGUUCGAGACCAGCUUGGCCAACAUGGUGAAACCCCGUCUCUCCCAAAAAAAAUACAAAAAUUAGCCGGUCAUGAUGGCACACACUGUAGUCCCAGCUACUCAGGAGGCUGAGGGGGAAGAAUUGCUUGAACCCAGGAGAUGGAGGUUGCAAUGAGUGAAGAUCGUGCCACUGCAUCCAGCCUGAGCAACAGAGUGAGAUCCUGUCUCAGGAAAAAAAUAAAAUAAAUUUAAUUGCUGUGGAUACUGUAAAGGGUGUUUAUCAUAACAGUUCAUAAUGUUCUAUUUAAGAAUGCAUGGGAGAAAUUUUCUCUGGACCCAGUUAUGCUUUUCCUGAAUUGCUGUUUGGUUUUUACCUUAAGGACACUAAAUAUUCAACUGAUUGUAUUUUUCUGUUUGUACUGAUACUAGGCCAUUUAGAGCCCAAUUUGUGGUCUACCUUCAGCAAGUGUUUAUGUAUUUUGUAUGCUAGUCAUGUUCUUGGUUCUGUCUUCCUUUUCUACUUUUAUUUUCCUUAUUCUCAUUUUCCUAAGUUUUAAUCCUUUUAUAUUACUAUAAUAUCUGCAUCUUGUAAGGCUUUUUGUAAUAAGGUUGGGAUAUAAAUAAAUAAGGCAAUGUAUCCUUUAUCCUUUUAUCUCAUUUGUUUCUCUUUAGACACUUUUAUUACUUUUUUAAAAUUGUGAUGACCAGAACUGCACACUGGAUGAAAACUCUGAAUACUGAAAAUAGGAAUUAAUGGUUUCCAAAAUAGUAGUUAAGAGCAUUCGAUUGGACUUUAGGAGAUCUGAUGCCUAGAUCCACCAAUAACUAUCUCAUCGUCUUUUUUUUUUCUUUUUGGUGGGGAUGGAGUCUUGCUCUGUUGCCCAGGUUGGAGUGCAGUGGCGCAAUCUCGGCUCACUGUAGCCUCUGCCUCCCAGGUUCCAGCAAUUCUCCUGCCUCAGCCUCCUGCGUAGCUGGGAUUACAGGUGCAUGCCACCACGCCCGGCUAAUUUUUGUAUUUUGAGUAGAGACGGGGUUUUGCCAUGUUGGCCAGGCUGGUGUGGAACUCCUGACCUCAGAUGAUCCACCAGCCUUGGCCUCCCAAAGUGCUGAGAUUACAGGAGUGAGCCACCACGCCCAGGCUCUCAUCAUCUUUAAUAAGUCAUUUUAACCUCUCUGGAUCUUAGUUUCCUGGUGUAUAAAAUGAGGGUAAAAUAACCACUGGUUCUUAAUUGUGGGGUAUGGGUUCAGAUGUCUGUGAUGCUGAAAUUUAUUUAUUUAUCUAUAUAAAUAAGGCAAUUUAUUCAUA